UAAACUGAACCAGAGCAAUAAAACCAAAUAAUACUGAAAAAAUUAUCUGAACUCUUCGCAGUAAACAAACAUGGCCGGCCGGACGCAUGCUGAGGACUGCGUUAUAGAGCGAAGGUUACGGCCGAUUUAUGAAUGGCUAGACUCCGGGGUAAACAAGAAGGCAGUUCAAGAGGCAGACAAGGUGUUAAGAAAGCAGCCGAACCUUCACUGCGCACGGGUUUUGAAAGGCCUCGCUCUGUUGAGGAUGGGGAAAGAAGAGGAGUGUUUGGCCUUAGUGGGGCAGGUCGUUAAGGAAGGCCCCACUGAUGAGACGACCCUCCAGGCGCUAACGAUAUGCUACAGGGAGAUGCACCAGCCGGAACAGAUCUGCCGAGUGUAUGAGGUGGCAGUUAAGGGCGAGCCGGGGAACGAGGAGCUGCUGUCACACCUAUUCAUGUCCUAUGUACGGGUCGGGGACUACAAGAAUCAGCAGCAAACAGCCAUGAAACUCUAUAAACUGAGACCGAAGAAUCCAUAUUAUUUCUGGGCUGUUAUGAGUCAUGUUAUGCAGGCCCACAAGAGCGUUGACCCCAAAGGCAAGGAGGUCAGCCUACUGUUGGCGGAGCGAAUGGUGAACAACUUUGUGAAGAACGGCAAGAUUGAGGCAGAGGCUGAGGUCAUGACGUACCUGCACAUCCUGGAGACGCAGGGGAAGUACGAGGAAGCGCUGGCAGUGCUGGACGGUCCGCUGGCCUCCAAAGUCGUCCACCAGCCGGAGAACUUUUUGUCCCUCCACCGCGGCAAGUACCACAUGUGUUUGGGCCAGUGGGCGGCGGCGGCAGCUGUCUACCGCGACCUCAUCCAUAGAGAGCCGGACAACUGGCAGCAUUACGUCGAGUACAUCCGUUCAGUCAUUCACCUCACCACCACCACCACCACCACCACCGCCGCAGAGGACCCGUUGGUAGAGGCGUCCCAGUUCUUGUCGGGAGUUCGCCAGAGAGCCGUGGAAGAGAACAGCAAGGAUAGGGGCCCUCUUCUGGGUCUCCUUCAGCUUGCCAGGGCUCUGAGGGAGGCAGGGAAGGAAGACAAGAUACCUCAGAUGUGUGGUGACCCGGCCGACCUCCUGCUGACCUACAUUGAAGUUUAUGGAGACAAGAUGUGCUGUUUUGGUGACAUUGUAAACUUUCCUCCAUUGAUUGAUGAAGAGAGAGUGAGUGGCCUGCUAGAACGUGUCAGAAACUUGUACAGGGUCACCUCUGCCGGCGUACCUGUUGAUGUAGAGGCAGUUUACCGAGAUUUAUGCUGGCACCAGUUGCGCCGCGCUCUGGGCCAGCAGGAGGGACUGACAGCCGGCCAACACCAGUCCUUCGCUAACAGCCUCGUUAACCUGUACACCAACACUCAGAACCUGGCCGCCAAUAUGGCCGACACGGAUAUCAGGCCAGAAGAUGCCUACCUAAUUUUAGCAGCGCACAGUUACAUUAAGGCGAUUCAACUUACCUCACCCCCCUCCACUUCUCCCCCUCCCCCCGCCAAUCCAGGGGAGGGUGGGGCGGGGGUGGGGCUGGAGGGAUGCAGGAGGAGUCUGUCCACCCCCCCACGCUCAUCAUGCGACUGGCAGCCAUAUUGGAGAGGGGAAUUGAAAGGACGAAAGCGAAUUUUCAGAGCGACGGGGGCGGCCCAGGGUGUGUACGAACGAUGUGACACGAAGCAUAUUCAACUGGACACCCUCGGACAUGUGUUGGCGCUGCAGGCUUUGGACUCCGCCAGCUACACCUCUGCGGCGGCCAUCUUUUCUGCCACUCUUAAGUUCUUCAUGGCUAAUUAUAAGGAUACCUCCGACCCACUGAUUGCAUCUUACAAAUACGGGUCAUUAACAAGAAUCCCUGAGUUUGUGGAAUUCCGGGAGACCGCUCAGCAAUUCACUCUCCAUUUUGCAACAGUUACUGCCGAACAGAUGUUACUUGACCUAACCACCAAUGUGAGCAGCCACACACAGCUGGUAGAAGCAUUGCAACACAUGGACAUUUCUCCUGCCACAGACCGAACUGACUGGGGACACCUAACUGAUAACCGUGAUCUCAAGGUCAUGAACUCCUGGGAACCGCCGCAUAGGCGCCUGAAGGAGGAAGACAUAGCAGCCUCGGUAGCAGCAGACACAGCCCUCCUGCGACUGCGGAACCUGACGCUCCGCCUGCUUCCCCUACAAGGUCCAGACCCGCCUCGCCUUUACCUGUUCGUCACCGGGAGCUACCUGUCUCUCAUUACUCGUCACGCACAGGUGUUGCAGAGAGUCUACCGCUAUACCUUGGACCCUGCAGGCACAGACACCUGGAGCUCAGAGACGCUGAAGGAGACACGAGAGGAGACUGAGAAUAUUCUUGAUCGUCACCACCAGCACGUCACGGCCUUGCAAACGACCCCACUCCAGAUUGACCCCGGCAUCAACACCCCUGCCCUGGCCCGCCUACACCACCUCGCCCAAGCUGUGGGGGUGGCGGCCAUCUUGCUGGGAUGUUGUGUGGCGCUGCUUAGGCCUAUCAAACUCCAGGCUGCCAAACGAGGCAAGAAACGGAAGGAGGCUGUUGUUAUGAGGCUGGAAAAGGCGCUGGUGGCCAAACACAAACAGACGAACUCAGCGGCUGCCCAGGAGACGACCGCAAAGAUCUCCGCCUCCCUUGCCAGCUUAGGAGGACAGGAGAGGGCCGGCGGUGGCUGUCUGAAGGCCGAGGAGGGUCAGAAAGGCACCUUGAAGGCCACCACUGGCUCAGAAGUGCUGGAGAAAGCUGGCGGUGGCUGUCUGAAGGCCGAGGAGGGUCAGAAAGGCACCUUGAAGGCCACCACUGGUUCAGAAGUGCUGGAGAAAGCUGGCGGUGGCUGUCUGAAGGCCGAGGAGGGUCAGAAAGGCACCUUGAAGGCCACCACUGGUUUAGGAGAGCAGGAGAGGGCCGGCGGUGGCUGUCUGAAGUCCGAGGAAGGUCAGAAAGGCACCUCCAAGGCCACCACUGGCUCAGAAGUGCUGGAGAAAGAUCAAAUUCCUUGCCAGAAAACUCAGGACAGACAGCAUGCCACCACAAGGACUUCAACGCCUCUCCCAGGGAAAAAGGGGCCGGAGGACAGUCGAGCUCCUUACGGGAAGACUCAAGGGGAUCAGGGUGCUGAGAUAAGGGCCUCAGCUCCUCUCCCAGGGCUUGAGGGGCUGGAGAAAUCUGGAGGGAUGCAGGAGGGAUGCAGGCUGGAGGGAUGCAGGAGGAGUCUGUCCACCCCCACGCUCAUCAUGCGACUGGCAGCCAUAUUGGAAAGGGGAAUUGAAAGGACGAAAGCGAAUUUUCAACUGAAGCUUCUGUUAAUUAAAGUUUACAAUAUGUUGGGAGCGACGGGGGCGGCCCAGGGUGUGUACGAACGAUGUGACACGAAGCACAUUCAACUGGACACCCUCGGACAUGUGUUGGCGCUGCAGGCUUUGGACUCCGCCAGCUACACCACUGCGGCGGCCAUCUUUUCUGCCACUCUUAAGUUCUUCAUGGCUAAUUAUAAGGAUACAUCCGACCCACUGAUUGCAUCUUACAAAUACGGGUCAUUAACAAGAAUCCCUGAGUUUGUGGAAUUCCGGGAGACGCUCAGCAAUUCACUCCAUUUUGCAACAGUUACUGCCGAACAGAUGUUACUUGACCUAACCACCAAUGUGAGCAGCCACACACAGCUGGUAGAAGCAUUGCAACACAUGGACAUUUCUCCUGCCACAGACCGAACCGACUGGGGACACCUAACUGAUAACCGUGAUCUCAAGGUCAUGAACUCCUGGGAACCGCCGCAUAGGCGCCUGAAGGAGGAAGACAUAGCAGCCUCAGUAGCAGCAGACACAGCCCUCCUGCGACUGCGGAACCUGACGCUCCGCCUGGUGGGGGCCGCCUGCACCCUCUGCCCCCCGCCCCCCCCAACAACAGUGUGGCAGCUGCUAACAAGGAGAAUAGUGAGUGCGUGAAUGGUGAGGGUGGUGGUGGCGGUGGUGACAGUGACAUCUUUAACAAGCUAACUGCCAAAUUACAAGAGGAGUACCAGUCAGUUUAUACUACCUAUGCAAACACCAAGCCCCUCCAGCUUCCCCUACAAGGUCCAGACCCGCCCCGCCUUUACCUGUUCGUCACCGGGAGCUACCUGUCUCUCAUCACUCGUCACGCACAGGUGUUGCAGAGAGUCUACCGCUAUACCUUGGACCCUGCAGGCACAGACACCUGGAGCUCAGAGACGCUGAAGGAGACACGAGAGGAGACUGAAAAUAUUCUUGAUCGUCACCACCAGCACGUCACGGCCUUGCAAACGACCCCACUCCAGAUUGACCCCGGCAUCAACACCCCUGCCCUGGCCCGCCUACACCACCUCGCCCAAGCUGUGGGGGUGGCGGCCAUCUUGCUGGGCUGCUGUGUGGCGCUGCUUAGGCCUAUCAAACUCCAGGCUGCCAAACGAGGCAAGAAACGGAAGGAGGCUGUUGUUAUGCCUGAGGUGAUCCCGCAGCUCUCGAGUUACCUAUCCUCGUUUACCAGUCACCUGCAGAGGCUGGAAAAGGCGCUGGUGGCCAAACACAAACAGACGAACUCAGCCGCUGCCCAGGAGACGACCGCAAAGAUCUCCGCCUCCCUUGCCAGCUUAGGAGGACAGGAGAGGGCCGGCGGUGGCUGUCUGAAGGCCGAGGAGGGUCAGAAAGGCACCUUGAAGGCCACCACUGGCUCAGAAGUGCUGGAGAAAGCUGGCGGUGGCUGUCUGAAGGCCGAGGAGGGUCAGAAAGGCACCUUGAAGGCCACCACUGGUUUAGGAGGACAGGAGAGGGCCGGCGGUGGCUGUCUGAAGGCCGAGGAAGGUCAGAAAGGCACCUCUAAGGCCGCCACUGGCUCAGAAGUGCUGGAGGAAGAUCAAAUUCCUUGCCAGAAAACUCAGGACAGACAGCAUGCCACCACAAGGACUUCAACGCCUCUCCCAGGGAAAAAGGGGCCGGAGGACAGUCGAGCUCCUUACGGGAAGACUCAAGGGGAUCAGGGUGCUGAGAUAAGGGCCUCAGCUCCUCUCCCAGGGCUUGAGGGGCUGGAGAAAGUUUGUGGGAAAGUACAGGACAGCUUGGCAAGGAGUUUAGGUAGGCUUAGUUCAUCAAUUGAAUGUAAAGUUAGUUAUUUAAGCUCUUUAAAGCUGUAAAGGUGUGUGUGUGUGUGUGUGUGUGUGUGUGUGUGUGUGUGUGUGUGUGUGUGUGUGUGUGUGUGUGUGUGUGUGUGUGGCUAUCAUAUUUGCCACUGCUGCUGCUGCUACUGCUGCUACUACUACUACUACUACUACUACUACUACUACUACUACUACUACUACUACUACUACUACUACUACUACUACUACUACUACUACUGCUGCUGAUGCUGCUGUUGUUCUACUACUACUACUUCUACUGCUAACUAUUCUCUCUCUCUCUCUCUCUCUCUCUCUCUCUCUCUCUCUCUCUCUCUCUCUCUCUCUCUCUCUCUCUCUCUCUCUCUCUCUCUCUCUCAGCGUAGACAGAAGAAUGUUUCCAGAUUUUGCUAGGAGGAGGAGGAGGAGGAGGAGGAGGAAGAGGAAGAAGAGGAGGAGGAGGAGGAGGAGAUGUUUCUUUAGAUGAGGUGUUUGUUUGUUUGUUUGUUUGUUUGUUUGUUUGUUUGUUUGUAGUGUGUUCAUUUGUUUUGCUUAUUUUUUUUAUUUUUAUUAUUAUUAUUAUUAUUAUUAUUAUUAUUAUUAUUAUUAUUAUUAGAAAGGUGAUAUUGAAGUGUGUGUGUGUGUGUGUGUGUGUGUGUGUGUGUGUGUGUGUGUGUGUGUGUGUGUGUGUGUGUGUGUGUGUGUGUGUGCGAACAUGACAAACUCAGCCAUCCAAGAUUUUUCCGAAAACCAGAAUAAAAAAAAAAUGAAAAAGAUGAAAGAAAAUAAUAAUAAUAAUAAUAAUAAUAAUAAUGAUAAUAAUGAAAAAAAACGGAGAGUUCAUGUUUGUUCGUUCGUUUGUUUGUAUUUUAAACUUUUUUUUUAUUAAGAAUUUUGUGCCACGGAAAAAAAUAAGAUACUGAAAAAAAAUUAAUGGAAACUACUACUACUACUACCACUACUACUACUACUACUAUUCUUUGUACAGAAAUAAAGUUACAUUGGUUUA